UUGAUCGAGUGAGUGGAGAGGCACAGUCAACGUUUAAUCGUACGACAAACAACUACUUGCUUCGCUUUAGAACAACACAGACCUUCUAACAAACAAUCCUCAAAAUGUUCAGAUUGGUGGUGUUGUCUGCUGUCCUUGCUAUUGCCGCUGCCUCCCCAGGAGCAACCCUGCUCGCUUCGGCCCCACUGGCGUAUCAAUCGUAUGCCGCAGUCCCAGCUGUUGUAGCCCAGAAGGAAAUCGCGUACGAGAAGAGCAUCAUCGAGCAGCCAACCGUUGCCCACGUUGGUAACAUUGAAAAGAAAAUCCCAACCGGAUACUCGCACCAGAGCUUCACCCAGUACCACAACAAACAGGUGGCCGAGCAUGUCUAUGCCCCAGCCGUGAAGAAGACUUAUGUCGAGACACCAAUUGAGAAGACCACCUACCACGCUGCCGCUGUGGCCACUCCAGCCAUCACCUAUGCCGCCGCCCCAGUUUUGGCCAAGACCCAAUACGUCGAGGCUGCCCCAGCUGCCCUGACCUACGCCGCUCCUCUGGCCAAGACCCAAUACGUGCAGGCCGCUCCAGCUCUGACCUACGCCGCUCCUCUGGCCAAGACCCAAUACGUGCAGGCUGCUCCAGCUCUGGCCUACGCCGCACCUUUGGCCAAGGCCCAGUACCUGCAGGCUGCUCCAGCUCUGACCUACGCCGCUGCCUACGAUGUCCCAUACGCUAAGGCCGCCUACUACAGCGAGUACCCGAGUGUGUACGGUGCCCCAGCUGCCGUGUACGCCAAGUACUAAGAAGAAAAGUUGACUGUCAACCAAAAUUCCUCCUACACGAACCUGAUUCUAUUUUCGACUGCCGAGAUUAUUUUUCUUUUGUUCGCUUUUCGAGGAUUGUUUCCGCGGAAGAUGAGAAAAAUAAGAAAUUGAGAUUAGUUUAAUUUAUAAAAAAAAAUUAGUGUUCAUAUUCUGAUGACAGUCAUGGUUCCUUAAUCUGGUUUUAUGGUCUCGCUAACAAAUGGCGCCCUAAUCGAUUCACUCAUUUUGUACUAAAUUGAGCUUGUUUUACAUGAUCACCUUGAUGCUUACCAACAGGAAGUAAAACUUAAUGGAUUUGAAAAACUUAAUCAGUUUCAAAGUAAAACUCAAAAGAUUUCAUAAUCUUAAUUGGUCGGGGUUGCCAAGCGCCAAUAAAAAAAACUACCCUUUUUCUUACGCAAGUUUUCGUUUAGCGGAUCCAAUUUAUCACAAAUCGUAUCGAAUAUUCUUUCGCGCUAUAACAGAGGAUAUUAAACAAUAAAUGUGUGCAUUAAUUGCAAUACAUUCA